AGAGGGGCACCGGGCUCUACAUGCCCAUUCAUUUUAGUGUAGUAUUGUGUACCACUAUUGUGUACUAGUAUUGUGUACCAGUAUUGUGUACUAGUAUUGUGUACCAGUAUUGUGUACCAGUGCGUUGUGACUGUAGAGGCGUGUCUGGCCUCAUCCGAAUGCUUAUAGUAGCAAGUCGCGCUGCAUUGCGCCUCGCUCCACUCCUCCACCGGUCCGCGUCACAGUCCGCCAGCAUGUCACAGCUCCGUGGGCGGCAGGACGUGUUCAACAAGCCCAAGGUUGAGCUCCAUGUUCAUCUCGACGGGGCCAUCCGGGUGGAAACUAUUCUUGAUGUCGCUAGGAGACGUGGAAUCAACCUGCCAGUCAACACGGUGGAGGAUCUGAGGCAGAUUAUUAUAAUCCAAAAGCCGGCAACGCUGACGGAGUUCCUGGGAAAGUUUGCAGAGUACAUGCACGUUGUUGCUGGAGACCGAGAUGCCAUAAAGAGGAUAGCCUAUGAGUUUGUGGAGGACAAAGCCAAGGAAGGGGUGAUUUACGUGGAGGUCAGAUACAGUCCACAUCUCCUCGCCAACACUAAAGUGAAGCCCAUCCCGUGGAACCAGGCAGAAGGCGAUGUGAGUCCGGAUGAGGUGGUGCAACUCGUCAACGAGGGCCUCGGCGAGGGCGAGAGGGCCUUCAAUGUCAAAGCCAGGUCCAUUCUAUGCUGCAUGCGCCACAUGCCAAGCUGGUCUGCAGAGGUCGUGGAGCUGUGUAAGAAGUUUCGCCGUGAAGGAGUGGUAGCCAUCGACCUGGCGGGGGAUGAAUCGCUCAACUGCGAGUCCUAUCCAGGACACCGGAAGGCCUAUGAGGAAGCCGUACGUUGUGGGAUCCACCGUACAGUUCAUGCAGGGGAGGUGGGCCCUGCCUCUGUGGUGAGGGAGGCCGUAGAUGUGCUGAAGGCUGAACGAGUAGGCCAUGGUUACAGGACCCUGGAGGACCAAGCACUUUACAAACAACUCUUGGCUCAAAAUAUGCACUUUGAGGUGUGCCCAUUCUCUAGUAAACUAACAGGUGCCUGCACCGCAGACUUCACCAAGCAUCCUGUCAUCACUUUCAGGAAGGACAAAGCCAACUACUCCCUAAAUACUGACGAUCCAUUAAUCUUCAACUCCACCCUGAACCUGGACUACAGCAUCGCGAAGGAGCACAUGGGAUUCACCGAAGAGGAAUUUAGGAGACUGAACAUCUGUUCCGCCGAGUCUUGCUUCCUACCCGAGCCGGAAAAGAAGGAGCUGCUGGCCCAACUCUACGAGGCCUACGGGAUGAUACAGAGCACUGCCUUUUGAAGCCCGACAUGACGCUACGUAACCUUUACCUCCACAGCCGACACUAAAGAAUGUCUUGAUCCCCGUUUGCCUGCUUCUGGGAUAUAUGGAAUAAGCCUUUCAUAUCCGUAUCACCUCUCAUGUCAUUUCCGACUAACAUUUAUACCUCCGUUUACAGCUGCUACUAAUACAAAAGGUGCAGAUUUGAAGAACUAUGCGUACGUUCUAUGCAUAUCAGCAAACAUGUCGGGAAUGGAUUUGAUGUGCGUGAGUAAAAAGGAGAUAUUGACUGUGAAAGAUGAGUCAAAGGGAUCGAAUGUCAAAGCAUGCCCGUAUGUGCUUUUUUUUUUUUUUUUUUUCCAGGUAAAACUAUUCUAAACCAAAGUCUUACAUUUGAACUUAUUAGGUAGUGUGCUACUGUUAGAACCACACAAAUACUUGAUGUGGGUUUUAGUUCUCACAAUUAACUCCCAAUCUCUUGUGGUGUAUAUGUUUAUUUAAAAAACAUUAAUUUCAAUAAAAAGCACUUGCAUUUAUUACUGCCAUAUUUAAGACAACACACCUUUUGACCAGAAUAAAGCUGUUAUGAAACCGAUUUUCUUGACGCCUCGUUAUAUG